AUGCCCUUCCUGACGGAAAGCAUGCUUCAUGAAAUGAAAGUGAACGAUGGUUCGGCCGUCCCUCUGGUCACCCGUUUGGCCAAGCAAGACAAGGUGCCGUGGUACGAGAAACCGAACCUGAGGCGGCUAUAUUUCGUUUUGUUUCCGACAUGUCUAGGCGUCGAAAUGACCAGCGGCUUCGACUCGUCCAUGAUGAAUGGUUUGCAAGCAGUCGGCACAUGGAAUAACUUUUAUAACCAUCCGCGGUCUACCAUGCUUGGGCUCAUGUCCGCCCUGUACUCCCUUGGUGCAGUGGCGGCACUUCCGUUCACCCCUACCAUCAGCGAUAGAUUGGGCAGAAGACGGUCUAUCGUGUUUGGCAGCGUGUUUAUGCUCAUCGGCGCUAUAUUGCAGACUGCCUCCCAAAAUUUCGCCAUGUUCGUCAUCUCUCGCUUUGUUCUGGGGUUCGGGAUACCCUUCGCUAUCGUGGCCGCUUCGUCUCUGGUAAAUGAGCUGUCCCAUCCGAAGGAAAGAGCGAUUAUCAGUUCGCUUUUCAAUUCAUGCUGGUCUAUAGGCGCCAUUGUCGCUGCAGGGGUCACUUUGGGAACAUUCGCAAUGCAGACCAACUGGGGCUGGCGCAUCCCCUCCGUUCUCCAGACCAUCCCUAGCAUCCUGCAAAUUGUAUUCAUGUAUUUCCUCCCGGAGUCGCCACGAUGGCUGGUAUCGAAGGGCCGGAGUGCGGAGGCCCUGGCAAUACUGACUAAGUACCACGCUGAGGGGGACGUCCACUCAGAGUUUGUGAAGGCCGAGUUUGCGGAGAUCGAGAAGACGCUGGAGCUCGAGAUGGAGGUGGCGAAGCGCAGCUGGCUGGAGAUGGUCGCGACGAGCGGGAUGCGGCGACGCGUGCUGGUCGCGUCGUUCUUGGGCCUCGCGACGCAGUGGAGCGGGAAUGGCCUCACUUCAUAUUUCCUGGCGCAGAUAUUGAAUAACGUCGGCAUCACGGACAAUCGGACGAAGAACCUCAUCAACUUGGGUCAGACGGCUUGGAGCUUCGUCAACAGCACCCUCAUCGCUCUUACGAUGCCCCGGUUCAAACGCCGGGUGAGCUAUAUGAUAUGCACCAUAUCUUUGCUCUCGAUCUUCACCGGAUGGACGAUUGCGAGUGCCAGAUACGCCAUGACUGGUGAUAAGGUCUCGUCCACCGCCGUGAUAGUGUUCAUCUUUCUGUAUAGCCCGGCUUACAACAUUGGCUAUAACGCUCUCUCGUAUACGUUCUUGGUUGAGCUCUUCCCGUAUCAUGUCCGUUCUAAGGGACUCACCGUCUUCCAAUGGUGGGGCCGAGUGGCGACUUUCUUCAACCAGUUCGUGAAUCCCAUAGGUAUCGCGAACGCAGGUUGGAAAUACUACAUCAGUUACUGCGUCUUCCUCCUCUUCGAAGUCAUAUUCGUGUAUUUCCUAUUUCCUGAGACUGCAAAUCGCUCUCUGGAAGAACUCGCGUUCUUAUAUGAAGGUGACCAGAUGCAGCAGGAACAGGAGAAGCGGGUCGAACAUGAGAUCAAGGAGCUGCGAGGGGAACGCCCUCCGCAGACAGCUUCUGACUCGGAGAAGGAUGCCGAGGAGUUUGCCUAA